CUCACAUGGUAUCAAGAGCCCUAGGUUUCUAAUUUUUUUUUCCUCAUGUCUUCGGUCACUACUUCCGCCGCCGAGACCCAAACCGCUCCCCGCACCACUGCCGCGACUACAACGCCGGCAGAUGACGUGCCGGUAAUGAGCGUAGCUUCACACGACGGAUCCCUCACAGCGCCGCUGCAGUCCGAGAUACUCCAUCACCAUGUCUCGGGCUCGCCGCUUGAUACACCAUGGAUUCCGCCGAUUUUUACAUGGACACCAACACAACCUACAAUCCGGCCACCGCCUCUGUUUAAUGCCGACUCCCACGCCGAAUCCAGCAGUGCCGCGGCUGUCCGAGCUCGAUUUGGCGGUUCAACUUUGUCCGGAGCUCCUGGUCUGCGUAUGCCUCACACGGCCGAGCCUAUACACCGGCGCCAAUUGGAUAAUUCCAUUCCGGUUUCCUUUUCUGCGUUGGCGCAAGGUAUGACUCUUGGUUCUGCAAUCAAUCAAAUUGUUACCACCAAAUUAUUGAAGGUAGAAGAUUACUUACCUUGGCGAACUCAAUUUGAGUCGUUCUUGGUAGCGAAUGGUGUCCUCGGCAUUCUCGAUGGGUCGCUCCCUGCUCCACCGUUAUAUACCUAUGAUUUAUAUCAGGCUUCUUCCAUGAAUCCUGAAUAUUAUCACUGGUUAAAACUGGAUCAAACUAUUCGUGCCUGGCUAUUUGAUACUCUCUCUCGUGAAGUUUUGAUGGAGGUUCAUACUCUUAAGAAUUCCGCUUCAAUUUGGGAAAAGUUGGAAUCCCGGUUUAUGGCGGCAAGCCUUGCUCGUUCCAUGGAGUUAAAACAUCAGUUGACACAUUCACGAAAGAAGGCUAAUCAAUCCAUGGAAGAGUAUGUUCGUGGAAUUCAGACAAUAGCGGACAAUUUGAAUUCCAUUAAUUGCCCGGUUUCUGAUUCUGAUCUUUUACAACAUACUCUUUAUGGAUUGGGACCGGGUUAUGAAUCGCUUGUCGGACCACUUACACUUUUUCCCGAAGGACUUACUUUUGACAAAUUAUGCACCAAGUUGGUACAUCAAGAGGCACGAUUACAAUAUCAACAAUCUUUGGAAUCAUCAGUUGGUGCCCUUGCUUUUUCGGCCAACAUAUCAUCGGGAGGACCUCAGGAUGUGGCUCAUGCUGCCGGACAACAACAGCCCUAUAGGGGCGGCCGAGGAGGUCGCCGUGGCCGGGGGCGUGGACGUGGCCGCGGACGCCAGCAGUUUCCCGCGCCUGGUCAGCCGCUCCCCCCGCAGCAGCAGUCCCCCGCACAGCAGCAGCAGUUCGGUCAGCGGCCCCACUCCCACCAGCAGCAACAAUUCGGCCGCGGACAGCAGUACACUCAAUUUUCGGGACAACCGGGAAUCCCGUCUUUUGAGAAUAAUUUUGGUUCAGUCCCACCACCCGUUGUCUGCCAAAUUUGUCAUUCCCCAGGUCAUUCCGCUGUUUCGUGCCCGUCUCGUUUUUCUCAGCCAUCUACUCCUGCCUUAGCUGUUCCUACUGGAGAAUCCACUCCGGCUGUUUGGUAUCCUGACUCUGGCGCUUCCGCUCACAUGACCGCUAAUGAAGGACAAAAUUUCGGGGAAGGUGCUUCUGCGAGCUUCCAGUAAUGGUGGUGUCUACCCCAUCUCACUUUCUUCUUACUCACCUGUUGCUCUCGCCUCACAUGUUGCUCCUGGACCAGUCUGGCAUCGUCGGUUGGGGCAUUGUGACACUCGUAUCUUAGAUAGGCUUAGGAAGACUGGCAAUAUUCUUAGUAAUUCGCACUUUUCUGAUGAUUGUAUUUCUUGUCG